UAAUUUUUGUAAAUUUGACAGAGAUGACUAGUGUUCGUAGGAAGAAGUAUAUCUCCGGGAGGGCAUGUGAAAACUGCAAGAAAAAAAAGCAUAAGUGUGAUAAUGAAGGAAUUCAAUGUAAAUAUUGUGCCAAACGAAAUCUUAUGUGUGUGCGAGUAAAGUGGGAUAAACGUGGCCGUAAACCUAAUAAGACCGCAUUUCAAACAAACGUUAUUUCUCCAAUUCAUAUUAAUAAAGAAAGCUCCAACUCUUCUACUUAUGAGCAGCCGCAACCAGAAUCCAACGAAUGCAUCUUAUAUAAUUAUGAAAGACAACUAUUAUAUCCGGACUUACCGAUCAUGUUACACGAACCUACUUAUGAUAUCAAUGAUUUAGAUUUAUUUUGUCUUUUCCAUUUUUGGGGGAAUUUUUAUGCUUAA